AUGCUAGAGCGACUUAUACCUCCAGGUCCUCGGGCUAUUCUCGCCAAUGCGCACUACCUCCUAGGACCUCCCCUCCUCACCUACUCUGCCUUCCGGCUUCUACACAGCUCCGCGGCCGUACUAUCGCUCCCAAACUGGGCGAUCUCCUUCGCUUGCCUGCUCGCCCUUCCUCUCGCUUUCACUCUCCAGUCGGCAUGGUUUUUCUUCCAUAUGAAACGGCGCGCUGCAGCUCAAGGUGCCAGCAUUCCGAUUGUAGCUGCGAUGAGCAAGGGCCGGGUAAACUGGAAGAAGACCCAAGACAAGUAUCCUCGCGACGUGCAGUUCAGAUUGAGCGCCCAUUACGGGCACUCCUUCAUGAUGCGGCCCUUCAACGUCUUUUGGCUGCUAAUUCGUGGGCAGUUCUACACCGACGAGCCGGAGCAUAUUAAGACAAUUCUGGCCACCAAAUUCACGAACUUCGAGAAAGGGCCCGUGUUCCGCGAACAGCUUAAAUCACUCCUCGGCUCUGGUGUAUUCAAUGCAGAUGGCGAUUUGUGGAAAUUUCAUCGGUCGAUGACCAGGCCAUUCUUCAGCAAGGAGAGGAUUACUCACUUUGAUAUCUUCGACCGGCAUGCCCUAGAUGCAAUCGAGCAGAUGAAGGCACGAUGCAGGGAGGGGUUCUCCGUCGAUUGGCAGGCAAGUCUUGCUCGCUUUCCUCGUCCACCGUACGAUCUUGCUUCGCGAUUCACAAUGGACUCUGCUACAGAGUUCCUUUUUGGCAAGGACGUCUGUUCACUUGCUGUAGGACUGAAGUAUCCUCCCACCUCAGAGAAGGGCCAAGUGCAGACCAUCCAAGCCGACUCAGACGAGUUUACGAUCGCAUUCGCCGAGGCUCAGACCGCCGCCGCGGACCGCUCAGACUUCCCGGGCAUCUGGGGUCUGUUCGAGUUCUGGAAGGAUGAAGUCGAAGCCCGACGGGACUCAAUUGACAAGUUCAUCAAUCCCAUCAUCGAAGACGCUCUCAAGAGGAAGUCUGGGGCGGAUAUGGACUACGGCGACAAGUCAGCUGAGGAAGACACCAUGCUUACCCAGAUGGUGCGGACCACAGAUGAUGCCCAGCUCAUCCAUGACGAAACCAUCAAUAUUUUGCUUGCUGGCCGCGACACUACCGCGAACACCUUAACUUUCGCCGUGUACAGUCUCGCGGAACAUCCGAACGUUCUGCGCCGGCUUCGACGGGAGAUUCUAGAUGUCGUUGGACCUACCCGUCGCCCGACUUAUGACGAUAUUCGCUCCAUGAAGUACUUGCGAGCCGUCAUCAACGAAACCCUGCGCCUGUACCCACCUGUGUGCGUACACACUGCGGUAAAUGACACGGUCAUCCCGUCGUCGAGCCUUGGUGGAAAGGGGCUGUUCAUCCCUGCGGGGAUGCCAUGCGUCUAUUCCGUCUUCUGUAUGCACCGCAGGAAGGAUCUCUGGGGCCCGGAUGCCUUGAGCUUCGACCCGGACCGCUUCAUCGACGAACGCCUGCAGAAGUACCUCUCCCCAAACCCGUUCAUCUUCCUCCCCUUCAACGCCGGCCCGCGGAUCUGCCUCGGUCAACAGGCGAGAUUUGCGUACAACGAGACGUCGUUCAUGCUCGUCCGCCUCCUCCAGCAGAUCUCUGCGAUUGAGUUCACGCCCGAGGUCGCUCCUGGUUCGCGGAUCCCCGAUGGGUACAACGACUCCCCGGGAUCGGAUGGCACGGACCGUGUUUGGUUCGGAACCCACCUCACGGCGUUUGCUAGGGGCGGUUUAUGGAUCAAGGUCACAGAGGCCGAAACUACUGCCACGACCGAAGAAUGA